GACAGCGGCGAGGCGGCUUUUCCUUCAGACCCACACAGUGCUUGUUCGUCAGAGAAGACGCUCUUCUGAGGUCACUGAGCCCCGGGGGCGAGACUCACUCCGCCGCUAUAUAAUCUUCCCGGCUCGGUGGAUGAAACCAGCGCACUUAAACCAGCUAACGAGAUAAACACACACACUGAACAAACAAACAUGGUGAAGAUCACUUUCCAGACAGUUUCGGCGCAGAAGCCCGAAAAAGAGAGCGAUGGAGACAACAAGAUCAUUAUACCUCAGGCUCACGAGCAGCUGGUUCUUCCAGUCAGGUCCAAGAAGCCUUUUCCAACCGCCCUCUGCUGCCUCACCUUUGGUCUUGUGGUCUUCAUGUCAGGACUGGUGCUGGCCUCUAUCUACGUCUAUCGCUACUACUUUAUACCUCAGAUCCCAGAAGACAGCUUGUUCCACUGCCGGGUUGUCUACGAGGACUCUGUGUACGCUCCUCUGAGGGGCCGACAGGAACUCGAGGAGAAUGUCGGCAUCUACCUUGACGACAACUACGAGCAGAUCAGUGUACCUGUGCCACACUUUGGAGGCAGCGACCCCGCUGAUAUCAUCCACGACUUUCAGAGGGGCCUCACAGCUUAUCAUGACAUUGCUUUGGACAAAUGCUACAUCACUGAGCUGAACACAACUUUGGUGAUGCCUCCACGGAACCUGUGGGAGCUGCUCGUCAAUGUCAAGAGAGGGACGUACCUUCCUCAGACUUACAUCAUCCAGGAGGAGAUGAUGGUGACAGGGAGGGUGAGGAACAUGAGGCAGCUGGGCCCGUUCAUCCACAGACUCUGCUACGGCAAAGAAACCUACCGCCUCAGACGCCGCAACCAGCACAGACGUAUUGAGAGGCGCGAGACAAAGAGGUGCCACAGCAUUCGUCACUUCGAGAACACUUUUGUGGUUGAGACCGUCAUCUGUGACAGGUUCUAAAUCUGAGGCGGGAAUCACAGCCAUCCAACUUUGAAGCCAAUUUCAAACCAUACCUCUUGAAUUCUUUAGGCUGCACUUUAAGAGCAAGUCUUUGUCCAACAGUUUAACUUUCAGUUUUAAUGUUUUUUUUUGUCUCAAGUUGAAAAAUGCUCUUUUACGUUCAAUGUUAAUGUCUUUUUUUAUUACAGUCUGUAUAUUUGGAUGAUGUUGUUGUUUGGAUAUAUCUGUAGCUUGUCAAGCUGUGCAUAAGAUGUUAAUGUGUGUCAGUUUCUUACAUUUGCAUCAGACUUGAUUUAAGUUUAUUUUAGACUUGUCUUUAUUGUUAUAUAGUAACCCAGUGCACCGUGGGUGAUUGUAAGAAUACUUGGAAGCUGCUUGCACGGUGCACUCAUGUUAAUAUUUGUUUCUUUGUUGUUUUUUAGUUUUAAAUGUCAGAAAAAAGCAAAACAUACCUCAUGUAGUUUAGACGUUUCUUUGCUGGUUUGUAUCAUUAAUGAAUGGUGUAUAUAAAUAUUUGAUUGUUCCUAAGCAAUAUAUACUGUAAAUUAAUUUUCUUCUGGAUUUCAUAUUGUUACAUGCAUAGAUUUUUAUCUGAAAUCGACUUGUUUUGUGGAUGAUUUCUUUAUUGUUUGUCUCCUUAUUUCCUUUGGUAUCACACUUUCCUACUCCUUGGAUAUAAUGGCUUUAGACUGUAAUUAGUAGCAGUGCUUUAGAGAGACAGAAGGUACCAAAGUCUGCAGUCGGCGAUGCUAUGCUCAGUGUUAAGGAUAUAUGAAAUAUUUAGAAAGAAUGCUUUUUAGUUUAGAUCACUUACUGUAGAUGAUAGCAAAGGCUAAAACUCAUUGUGUCUUGCUCUUCCUCCUCUUCACUUCUCGCCAGUUUCCGAUCCCUCCUAUCUUGGCAUUAUAAUCUCUGCAAUGUUAAUUCGUCCCAACUUAAAAAAGAAAAAGAUUUGGGGUGUCUUUCUAAUGUACAACCUGGAGCAAAUAAGUCUCUGUUGAGAGAGACCUGUAAUAUGUGCUCAUAUUUCAUCAUCCUGGAUACUUUAUUUCCUUGUACAGUCGAUUUUUCUUGUAAUAUCUUGCUGCUUUAAGAAUAAAUGAUCAAACUUU